UGUACCCGUCAUUAUACCGUUCAACAAGGAGAUACAUGCGAUAAAAUCGGUCAAAAGACCCUAACAAGCACAUAUCAAAUCAUGGCUCUCAACCUACCACAAUCAGGACCAGAUUGUUACACUCUACAACCCGGAGCACAGCUAUGUUUGGGAAGAUACGGUAAUGAUUGUCAAAUGGUUUAUCGUGCAACGGAAAAUGAUAAUUGCGAAACGAUUGCAGGUCAAUUCGGUAUCUCUGUAGCAACACUUUUGGAAAAUAACCCAACUGCAGAUUGCGAUCAGAUUUAUGACGGUUUGGUGUUAUGCACUUUAGACGGUCUGGUUAGACCGCCUGCUAAUCCUGCAUUGCACUUGAAUCCAAAAGUGAACCCAAAAGUACCUGCACCAGGAAAUGCACAAAUGCCAUUAGGAACUGCAAUCGUGGCCGCCAACACACCUAUACCCGUCCUGAAUGCAACAAUGUCCGCUUCA